AUGGUCCUCCCCAUUCACCAUUGCACUUUUAUAUAUCGGUGUUCCUUUCAUCUAUCUAUCUAUCUAUCUAUCUAUCUAUCUAUCUAUCUGAAAUUUCAUAUCUAUAUCUAUCUAUCUAUCUAUCUAUCUAUCUAUCUAUCUAUUCUAUUCUGUUUCUAUCUAUCUAUCUAUCUAUCUAUCUAUCCUAUUCUGUUCCAAUCUAUCUAUCUAUCUAUCUAUCUAUCUAUCUAUCUAUCUAUCUAUCCUAUUCUGUUUAUAGCUAUCUAUCCUAUUCUGUUUCUAUCUAUCUAUUCUGUUUCAAUCAAUCAGUCAAUCUAUGUAUCUAUUCUGUUUCUAUCUAAUUCUGUUUCUAUCUAUCUAUCUAUCUAUCUAUCUAUCUAUCUAUCUAUCUAUCUAUCUAUCUAUCAUAUUCUGUUUCCAUCUAUCUAUCUAUUUAUCUAUCUAUCUAUGCAUAUUCAUAUCUAUCUAUCUAUCUAUCUAUCUAUCUAUCUAUCUAUCUAUCUAUCUAUCUAUCUGUUGGUGGACCCCUUAACACUAUCUAUCUAUCUAUCUAUCUAUCUAUCUAUCUAUCUAUCCCUCCUUUUCACAUCUAUCUAUCUAUCUAUCUAUCUAUCUAUCUAUCUAUCUAUCUAUGUUUUUAUAAACUAUCUCAUAAUUUUCAAAUCGUAUUUCCAGCCAUUUCAUCAUGUGGGGUUAGACUACAACUAUUCAGCCAGUGGAAGAUGUAAAAGCUCCCAGACUUCUCUGUCUUCGGAGCGUCGAAAGCGGCGGCUACUUUUCAAUGAAAAAUCAUCACAUCUAUCUAUCUAUCUAUCUAUCUAUCUAUCUAUCUAUCUAUCUAUCUAUCUAUUUCAGUCUGUUCAUAUUCAUCUAUCUAUCUAUCUAUCUAUCUAUCAUCUAUCUAUCUAUCUAUCUCAGUCUGUUCAUAUCUAUCUAUCUCAGUCUGUUCACAUCUCAUCUAUCUAUCUAUCCAUCUAUCUAUCUAUCUAUCUAUCUAUCUAUCUAUCUAUCUAUCUCCAGUCUGUUCAUAUCUAUCUAUCUAUCUAUCUAUCUAUUUCAGUCUGUUCAUAUCUAUCUAUCUAUCUAUCUAUCUAUCUAUCUAUCUAUCUAUCUAUCUAUCUCAGUCUGUUCAUAUCUAUCUAUCUAUCUAUCUAUCUAUCUAUCUAUCUAUCUAUCUCAGUCUGUUCAUAUCUAUCACUGUUCAUUAUCUAUCUAUCUAUCUAUCUAUCUAUCUAUCUAUCUAUCUAUCUAUCUAUUUCAGUCUGUUCAUAUCUAUCUAUCUAUCUAUCUAUCUAUCUAUCUAUCUAUCUAUCUAUCUCAGUCUGUUCAUAUCUAUCACUGUUCAUUAUCUAUCUAUCUAUCUAUCUAUCUAUCUAUCUAUCUAUCUAUCUAUCACAGUCUGUUCAAUGUAUCUUCGAAUCCACAUCUUGUGACGUGACUAUCUAUCUAUCUAUCUAUCUAUCUAUUUCUGUUCAUAUCUAUCUAUCUAUCAUAUCUAUCUAUCUAUCUAUCUAUCUAUCUAUCUAUCUAUCUAUCUUUGAUAUUAAGCAUUUUCUGGUAUGGACAAUUACGCUGUUACACGAUUUGGACAAUUUUGGUGUUACACCCGAUAUGCAUCUAUCACAAACAAUCUAUCUAUCUAUCUAUCUAUCUAUCUAUCUAUCUAUCUAUCUAUCUAUCUAUCUAUCUAUCUAUCUAUCCCAAUCUUUUCAUUAUGUACGUAUGUAUGUAUCUAGCUAUCUCAUUCUUUUCAUUAUCUUUCUCAUUCUUUUCAUUAUCUAUCUAUUUAUCUAUCUCCUACCUAUCUAUCUAUCUAUCUAUCUAUCUAUCUAUCUAUCUAUCUAUCUAUCUAUCUAUCUCAUUUUUUCUGUCUCUCUAUCUGUGUAA